AUGGUCAACGUCAAGUCCCUCCUUUUCUUUGCCUUUGCGGCAUCUGCGAUUGCAGCUCCCCUCGAGCCCAUUGAAAACUUGAAUGCGACUUUGGUUGGCACUCCAGCGCAGCUCCACGCUGCCAAUGAUGUUAUAUACUACUGCCGCAAAUCCACAGACGCAGCGCAGACCAACAACAACGGCGCCCUGAUUGCCCAAAUCUCCAAGAACAAGGCCAUGGCAAGCGCCAAAUGGGCCGGUUACGGCAAAACGGCGAGCGGAUACCCGAAGCGGUUCUACAACAACGAGAGGUUGAACUUCGCAAAGCCGUGUAACAUGAAGGGCCACGACAUCUACGAAUUCCCCAUCAUAAUAGGCCAGAAGACCAACUUCCCCAAGGACUCUAAGAAGGGGGCCGCCAACCCGGGUCCGGUCCGGGUGUACUACGACCAGCACUUCAACUUCUGCGGUAUCGGCGUCAAGCCGAAUGAUGAUAAUUCGGGGCACCCGCACUUGUGCACGACUUCGUAG